AUGAACAGAACUCGAAUAAGUGGUGUAAGAGAAAAAACUUCGAUACAACGAUUGAGAUUCAUUCACUACACACAACGAAUGAUCUCAUUCUACCUAGACGGUUUUCACCUCAAAGCUGGCUACUUCCUUUCCUUGAGCGUUAUACAGAUAAGUUAUAACAUGGGGACCAACGCCCCAACUUGA